AUGGUCUUCUUUGCUGCCUUGACGCCCCGUGCAGCUCCAACCUUUGGAAACUUCGUGACCUCCGGGGUUGCCUCCGGAAAGCAACCCAAAGGCAAACGUGUUCCGCCUUUGGUCUCUGAGUACAAGUCCAUCAUCACGGAGCGAACUUAUGGUAUCGCGUGGACCCCAGAAGAGUUCGUCAAACAGGAGUCACCUGCCGACCUUGCCAGGGAACGCACUGCUACGUUGAGGAGGUGGAUGCUUACCUCCGAGGAGGCGGUCUCCCGUGCAGAUCCCUCCGACAUGCCCGACCACUGUGCCGCAGUUCUUGGUAAGAAAUCUAUGAAGGUCUUCAAAUCGCUCUUGACUGAGGCCGAGUACCCGGACACAACCUUGACCAAGGUUUCCGCUGCCUCGCUUACCGUUGAGGAUGUUCGUGCAGCCACUCCCCUUGCCAGGAAGGCCAUCCUUGCCUCUACCAGAGAAGGUUUCGACCGCGAGGUGGCUGAAAGUGUUUACCAGCUUACGAAAGAUGAGCUUGCGAAAGGGUGUGUAGACUCGAGUCUUCGACAAGUGUAUCACGUGUACACUGACGCUUCCUACGACGAUCAAGGGGGUGGCCUUGGUGGUUUGGUUUACGACUUUAAGGGUCUGUGCCUUGCCUGGUUUAGUGAAGUAGUCACCUCCAAGGACCUUGAGAUCAUCAACCCUGAUGGUAAACUUACCUUGAUCUACGAGCUAGAAACCCUUGCCGCGGUCUUGGGUGCCACCCUAAUCCCUAACCUGCGCCACUGCGACAUUGUGCUCUUCGUCGACAACGAAGCUUCACUGGCAGCUCUCAUCCGAGGACAAUCCGAUUGCCCUUUCGUGCAGUCUCUUCUCUCCCGCCUCUUUCAGGCUGAAGAAGAGCGUGAUCUUGCGAUCUGGUUCGAGCGUGUUCGCAGUGAAAGCAAUCCUGCAGAUGCCCCUUCGCGGGGCGACCACAGUUUUCCCGCCUUUUCCAGGCGGCGCUUCAAUGUGCAAUCCUUGCUGACCGAUCUUUGCGGUUCUCUUCAAGGGGGGGCCUCGCAAGGUACCGAUCUGUCAGCUCCCACUGCGAGUUAA